CUCCUGAAAGGUCGGAAGUCUGCAAUCAAGGCUCUGUAGUCUGUAAUUUGACAUCUGAAAUCUCAAGGGUGAUGUCUAAAACCUGGGCUCUUAUCUCUCAAAUCUAAGAUUGUGACUCUCGGGAGUGAACUCAAAGGAACGAAGACCAAAAUCUGAUCUCCGAAGUCAAGUAAGGUGUGGCUAGUGAAGUCUCUGGAUGAAAUGUGAGGUCGAAGGUCUGAAGUUUGAUGUUUGUGAUUUGAAAUAAUCCAUUUGCGAUUGUGGGAGAGGACUGGAGCAUUCACACCAAAGCGUCUCAAACAGGAAAUCCGCAUCCUCAUCCCAACCUUGCUUCAUCAAAUGAGUUUUUCAGGGCAAUUCCAGCCCCUCCCUGUCAUUUCUCACUUUAAGAGUGCUUCUUGUUUGUCAUCAUCAAGAGUGUUUUCACGCAGUGCAGCGACGGUACGUACUGUACGGAUGCGUGCCUUGAAGGGGGGGCGCCGCCUAUAAAUAAGUGACUCGGUCUGCGUGUGAGCAUCUGAGGCUGAGCUGUGGCCUCCGGCAGCUCCCGGAUGUCGGUCAAGCUGCGAUUCGACUCCCCCUCUGAAGGGAAUCCCAUGCGGCGGAGUCGCUCCUUCGCAGGGUUCGGCUCUCUGACGGGACGACGGCGGCCUUCCUCGGCUCGGAACUCGCUGUGCUCCACACUUGCCUCUGAAAGAAAAACUCCACGCGCUCCUUUAGCUUCCAGAAGAGGAUUGGGAUCUGUCUGGUCCCCGCAGCCAGAGGAUGUGGACCGCGUCUUCCAAGCGCUACGAAAAGGCCUUAGAGAGCACGUGCAGCGCCACCAGACCGAGAUGGACUUCUUGUCGUCACGCCAGAGAGAAACCAAAAGAAACUCUCGACUGGCUUUCCAGUACGAUCUGGAAAAGGAGAUUCGAGCACAGGAGAGGUUCAUCCGAAGGCUUGAAUUCCAAAUCAGCAAGGUGGACGAGCUGUACGAGAACUAUUGCGUCCAGUGGCGCCUCUGCCAGGGAGCCGUCAACAUGAAGAGGGCCUUUUCUCUGGCGCCCUCCACCAGGGAGUCCAGGGAGAGUCUCCUGGAGCUCGGACGCAACCACAGGCACAGUGUGCAGGACAUGUCGGCCAUGGAGGAGGAGCUCGAAGUCCUGCUGGGACAACUUCACGUCAAGAUGAAAGGUCUAAUUGGCUUCGCCCGGCUGUGUCCCGGAGACCAGUAUGAGGUUGUGGUGCAGUUGGGCCGACAGCGCUGGAGGAUUCGUGGUCGGAUCCAAAGCGACGAUGCGCAGUCCUGGGACGAGGAGGAGAAGCUCUUCUUACCUCACAUCAAACACGACUUUCAGAUCAAGGUUUCCGAGGCCAAGGGUCUGGGCUGGCAGCUGGUGGGCACGGUGACCUGUGCCAGCGCACACUUCUUCGUGGCGACUCCCCAACUCAUGCUGGUCGACAUCACCCAGCUGGGGACCCUCAAGCUGCAACUGGAGGUUACCUGGAAUCCGUUGGACAGCGGCGAGAAGGUGGGGUUUUUGUCCACGAGGAGACCAUCCGGGCGGAGCGGGAAGACUUCGGUGCAAAGUGCGACCGCCCCCAGCACCCCGUCCUUCUCGGAGAAGUACUUCCUGUCCACGGUGCGAGAGCCGCAGGACGCAGGGCGAGAAGAAGCCUCGGUCCCACUCGGGCUGUCUCAAAGUCGGCGGGAAAGGGGCGUGUCCUUACUGAGCUACCUGUCGCACGUCUCCAUCGCAUCUGACCAAUCGCAGGCCAAGACGCCACCGAGCCAGAGGAGCAGCAUAGCCGAUAGUCACGCUCGUCUUUCCCUCGGCGAGGACGCUGAGGAAAGUGUGACCGGGAGGCGGAGGAGGAGGAGGAGGAGGAGGCUGGCCGAAGAGGAGGAGGGGGAGUCCUGGGGAGGAGUGUUUGCGUCACCUUCUUCUCUCCUGGACCUACGCAGGUCCAGCAUCCCCGACAUCCUCAAAGACAAGCACGACAACCCUGCAGGAAGUCCCGUGGAGUCCGAGGAGGGUCCGCCGCAAGGCGUCGGCGAGGAGCUCAAAGACGUGCGGGACGCCGCCUCCCCCCCGCCCCGAGCCGUCGCGGCCCCCCCCCCUUCUACCGAGGUGGGGCACAGCGGCGCCCGGUGGCGGGCGCAGGCCCUGCGACUCGGGGCGUUGCUGGCCCAAGUGGAGAGGAACUUGCGGAAACGGGGGAGCUGCGAGACCCCCCUGAGGGUCCUGAAGCAGCAGACGGAACACCUCGACACCAUCCUGAGGAACGGCCUAUCCAUGAUGAGACGCUCGUUAUCUGACGACACCUUGGCCGUGGAGGAGGUACUUUGCAGCUUUGACUUCCUGUCACAUGAUGAUGACGACGAUGCUUCCUGUUUCACCAGCGCCACCUCUCCGGGGAGCGCCAGUCCCCUCUGGCAGGGCGACCGAUCGGCCGUCGAGGAGGAGGCGCCCGUGGUCCCGCUGACUUGCGGGAACUCGGGCCUGGACCAGGCUCUGGAGACGCACCUGGAAGCAUGCUGCGUCCUGCUGGAGAUGCUGCAGAGGGUUCACUUCUGUUUAGCACGCGCGGUUCUCCUCGAGGACGUUUCUCAACAAGCGGAUGUCCUGAAGACGAUCGGUCGCUUGCUGCUGGAGGACAAGGACAACGUCUCCGCUGAAGAGCUUCUCCCCGAGGACCAGAGGAGCAAAGAGUUGGCGUCGUUCUGGGCCGACUGCGUGAAAGACGCCGGUUCCUCGUCUCCGUUCUGCUGCAGCUCGGACGACUUUGUGGAGGCGUUGAGGAGGAGAUACUCGCACCGAAUUAAGGCCAAAGUCAAGGCCAAGCAACCCGGCCUCCCCAAAAGAGUGUUCGGCACGCUGCUGCGGCAGGUGCGGGCAGCCAGCGGGGCGGCGCUGUGGCCUCCUCAGCCCCCGUGCGCCAGCGCCAGAGUGAGCGUGUUCCAGCUGUCGCUUUACCUGAGACGAUGUGACAUUCCGACGCCCGGCGAGCACGUGGCCCGCCUCUCCAAGGAAGAGUACUUCCUGUCGGCCGUGACGGGUCCCGAGCGCAGGGCCGCGUUGACCCGGAUGAGGUCGCGGGACGUGGCCCGCCUCCUCCCGCUGGGGGUCACGCUGCAGACGUUGGCGGCCCUCCAGGCAGAUGCCGACCAAAAAGUCUGCCGGUCCGCCAGGCGCUGUUUGAAGCGAGCCGGCGCGUGCGCCGCGUUCCGAGCCAGGGCGCUGGUUUACUACACGGAGAGUUUGAGGAGCACCGACGUGGUCAUCCAGCGGAACGCGUGCCUGGCGCUGCAAUGCUUGGCGGCCACGGAGAGCGUGGACCACAUGGUGGAACUUCGCAGGUGUCCCGAUGAGGCCGUCCGAAACGCCGCCAAGGAGGCGGUCCUCUCUUUCGGUAAAAAAGGCCACGCGGCCUUCCAGAGGAUGGAGCAGCUCGACCUGGAGCUGCAGGAGGAGUUUUUCCAGAACUUGGAGACUGAGAUCACUUUUCUUUAAUGACAACUUUUGCCUUCCCGCACGCAACUUUGUAUACAUAUUUCAAAACCGCUAUCAAAAUCUUGUCAUGUCAAUAAAAGAAC